AUGAAGUUCUUUGCGGAGACUCUGCAGCUCGUAGUGCCGAGCCUCUUGACCCGGUACCUUCCUGUCCUCUUAUUCAACCAGCACCUGGAAAGUGCGGUUCUAGCUGGCCUCGUGCCUGUCGUGACUGCUAUUGUAGGGUGGUCCUUGCUUUCCAGCUUGGCAAUUCUUCGCUCUUCCGAUCAGUUUCGGUCCAAGCAAUUGGUAUCAGGAAUCGGAGGUCUUGCACUGGGCUCGGCAGGUUUCCACGUGACCAUCGUCCUCUUUGGAGCUCCAGUCGUCGAUCUGUGGCCGCAGACACUCUUGCUCGCUGUGCUGCUUUCGGGUUGCACGACCAUGCCGCUGGCGCUGCAUUUGACGUGUGCCCCGCAAAAAUGGCUCAACUUGCUGCUCGACCUCAGGGUGACCAACACGCACGAGCUCUAUCUCGCAUGUUCAUCCAUCGGAGCUGUUCUAGGCGCCUACUUGGGUGCAUUCCCCAUCCCGCUCGACUGGGAUCGACCUUGGCAGCAAUGGCCGUUGACUUGUGUCUAUGGCACGUUGCUUGGCCACGCUGCUGGGAUAUUGACCAGUGUUGCGAUCGCUGCGACUUCGACGUCUAUCGCAAAGUUAGCCAAGAGAGAGUAA